AUGGACUCAGACCGCGGCUUCAAGGGUGGCACUAGAGUCGAUCACGAUGACAUCUCUAAACUUCCAGGUUUGAUCCUCGGUGGAGCGACGCUAAACACUCAAUAUAAUGAGGACCCAGAGGCUGUUCCACUUGUGCAAAUGCUGCGAUUGGCUUUUGAUAGAGGCUUCAGAGCGAUCGAUACAUCGCCGUAUUACGGUGAGAGCGAAAAGUUGUUCGGAGAAGCCCUUGACGUGGUGCGAGGUGACUUCCCGCGCGACAGCUACUACAUCUGUACGAAAGUCGGGCGGAUCAGUGUCGCUGAGUUUGACUACUCACGCGAAAACGUCCGAUUCAGCGUAAAAAGAUCCUGCGAGAGGCUCGGUACUGAGUACUUGGAUAUGGUUUUUUUGCACGACAUCGAAUUUAUCGAGACGCCAGCAGUUCUGGAGGCUUUGGAGGAGCUUCGCAGCCUUAAGGAUGAGGGACUAAUUCGGAAUUUUGGUGCCAGUGGGUACCCGGUGGAUUUUUUGCUCGAAAUUGCCAUCAAAUGCUCACAAUCGGCAUCUAUUGGGCCCCUAGACGCAGUCUUGUCGUACGCAAACCUCAACAUUCAGAAUACGUUACUAGCGGAUUACUAUGUGCGGUUUAAACGGGACGCCAAGGUCAAAGUUGUGGAAAAUGGGUCAAUUUUGAGUAUGUCGUUGCUCAGGUCUCAGGAGACGCGCGCGUUCCACCCUUGCUCUCAAGAGUUACGCGAUUUGGCCCAGAAAGCCGCACAAUAUGCGGCCUCUGAGGGCGAAGAUCUGGCUGAUCUUGCUACUCGGUACGCCAUGAGCAAAUGGUACGGGCUUGGACCUACAGUGCUCGGUGUGAGCACUGUGUAUGAGCUGGAACAUGCCUUGUCGAACUACGACACCGUAAUGGACAACGACGGACAACUCAGUGAGCGCGAUCAGAUGUUGGUGAAUUACAUUCAGUCCCAAAUCUUCAAAACUCAUCUCAACGAAACUUGGGAGUCGGGAAUCCCACAUAGAUAA